AUGCACCGGGGCUGCGGCGGAGUCGGGGCGCACGUGGUUUCCUGGCGAGCGGGGAGCGGCCCCGAGCUCCGGCCUAGUCGCCGCUCAGCGGAUGCUGCCGAUCUGCUGGCUGGGCGGGGCGCGCAUGGCGGGCUGGCUGCGGCGGGCUCCGGGCUCGCUGCGCGGCCUGCGGCGCCUGGCCCUGGGUUCGCCGGCCCCCAUAGGUAGGGGAGAUCAGCUACCCCACACUGACUUGAGAGUGACUGCAGAGGACCAUGUGGAUGAAGAGAGGUAUUACCAGCUGUACCCAGGGCACAUCCCCACCAGCCCUCUGCAGAAAGCACUGCUGUCUGCUGGCUCAGCAUUUAUGGCUCUCUACAACCCUUACCGGCAUGAUAUGGUGGCAGUCCUUGGUGAGACAACUGGCUCUUCAGCCCUGCGGAGCCUGAGGGACAAAAUGAGACAUGACCCUGAAGGUUAUCAGAUCCUACAAGAGCGGCCUCGGAUCCGUCUCUCCACCCUGGACGUGACUGGGCUCCGGGGGCUUCCGGAUGGAACGUUUGGCCGAGAAUAUGUCCGGUUUUUGGACAGCAAUAGAGUUUCUCCAGACACCAGGAUGCCGGUCAAGUUUGUCGAUGACGAGGAGCUGGCCUAUGUGAUCCAGCGGUACCGUGAGGUCCAUGACCUGAUGCACACCCUUCUCGGCAUGCCCACCAACAUGCUUGGGGAGGUUGUGGUGAAGUGGUUUGAAGCUGUUCAGACUGGCCUGCCCAUGUGCAUUCUGGGAGCGGUGUUUGGCCCGGUUCGUCUCAACGCCCGGAAGCUGCAGAUCCUGACCACAGAGCUUAUUCCCUGGGCUGUUCAGAGCGGCCGCAAUGCCAGCUGUGUCCUGAAUUUCUACUACGAGAACCGCUGGGAGCAGACGGUGGAGUCUCUGAGGGAGGAGAUUGGAAUCUUACAUCCCCCUGCUAUUUGUGUGUAAAAGUCUGGGGGGCAGGUGGGCAUACUGGGCUUCACACUGGCAGGAUGGAGCCUGACUGGGCACCAUGCAUGAGGAGCAAUGAAUAAACCCUUUGCAGGUUCGAGUCUCCUGGGAAUUCUCCUACAGCAGUUGAGGGCAUCAGUCUGCCCACAUGAGAUGCUGGGUUGCCAACUUGCCAAGAAUGCAAGGGCUGCACCCAGGGCUGGAUUCAUCGCUGUUGUAAGCGGCUGCAGCUCUGCUGAUGUCAGUGAAGUUGCACUUUCGCACCCCUAAGGUGAAUUUGAACCUGGUGACUGUCUUAGUCCUCAGCGUAGAGAUAUGGCCCAUGGAGAUAAGUCCCAUCAUGCAGUGUACCAGCUAGGUCCUAGCAGAGGCUGGGACAUGGAGUCUCCAUGUGCUGCAUGUCUUCACAAGACCCCAUGAGAGGGCCCCAUGGUCUGCAUUCAGUUAUCCCUGUAAUACUGGAGUGGGGAAGAUGGGAAGCAGAGCUGGGUUAAAGUAGCACUGAAACUAUCUAGUAACUUUUGGCUUCUGGUUGCUAUAACGUUCCCUAGGUGAAUACCUACCCCCCUGGGGAGCUGAGACACUUAAUUCCCUAGGGGACCAUUCUACCCCAGUUAAAGCCAGUUGACGCAAUGACAGCCGAUCAGCACUAGUGCUCUGCCCCCAGCGGUACUGACUGGCACUAGGAAUGUAUUUUGUGUCUCUAGUACAGCUCAAUCGAUCAGUCUCAUACCCGCUUUGGUCGGUCACAGUGAAACCACACCCCACUGAGUUGGGAGGGCAUGUGUGUCACAGUGUGUCAAUUGCUGCAAACCAUUUAAAAUAAACAAAAUCCACCACCAGCAUCCCCCUCGCUGACUGUCUCAGCAGCCAGGCCAAGGAUUGAAUGGGCCGCGGGGCCUGAGCUCCCCUCUCGUCCCCAACUGGGUCCCUUCCAGUUUACAAUAGAGGCACAGUGACCGGCUUGCCAGGGGGAAGCACUUACUGUCCAGGCUGUACCUGCUCCGAGGAGAGAAGAUUUCAGUCCCCACUAAUUCCACAUGAACUUGGCUUUGUUUUCAGUAGCUCUGUGUGGGCUCGAGCGCGCGAGGCUGGAUAUCUGCAGAACAGAGGGAGGGAGAAUGAGAUGCUGAAUCCCACAGGGAGUGGAAUGCUGAGAUUGCACACGCUGUUUGUGCUGGGUCAGUGUUUAUAAAGCGAUUUCUGUGCAGUGUAACUAAGUUGGGUUCCACACUUAUAAGGCAAAUAACAAAACCCAGAUUGAAUAGUUCUCGGUGCACCAAAGCAGGAUGUAUUUUAAUGUGGUGUUUUGAGGCUGAUGUUCCUUUUUCAUAAAUAAAAUCCCGGGUGACACUUGCAGCUUUGUCUCCCCCCAGAUCAGACAAUCUGAUGUGUAACCUCAUCCUUCGGAGGGGUCUGUUCUUUGUAUGUUUGCGGCAGCUGGAAACAGAUCACGCACGUGUGUGUGUAGCCUGCCUCCCCAGUGGAAUGCAGACACAGAGCAGGUGGUGUAUGUGCAUCUUCCACAGUGGUUGUGGUGGCAGAAUUACCUGCUCUGAUAGGGCUGCAUUGGUGCAAGUGGAAGCCAGACCUUGUCGCCAACAUACACACUGCUGAUAACCUGGGGUUUGGUCCUGGAUCAGCUCUUUUCAGGCAGUUGUUGGGAUUAAUCACUUCUCCCUGUGUUUGUAGUACAUAGCCACAGGCAGGGUGGGACACAGUGCCUAUGGAGUGCAGGGUGCCUUUGCAAACAUCAGUUUAAUCUUCACAACCCCCUGAGAGGUGGAUAUUAUCACCCCUGUUUUACAGGUGGGGUAACUGGGUGACAAAGAGGACAAGUGAUUUUACUAAGGUCCCCUAGCGAAUUAGAGGCAAAGCUGGGGCUUGAACCUGGGAAUCUAGAUUUCUAGCCCCAUGCCCUACCCAUUAGACCACACUCCCUCCUCACAGAGCACACACCCUGCAGGCAGCGUUUUGGCUUUCCACAAUGGGAUGCAAAGAGCUUCCAAAAACAUUGGACAUGUCCCUCCAGCAAUGGACCCAGCACAGUGUCUGCCUCCCCCAUGUUCUCAGAGCACUGAGGUAUGUGCACCUUCUGCACAGAGGACCAGUGCGCUGUGGUCUAAGGCUUCCUGCUCUGUGAAUGGUGUCUGGAAGCCACUGCAGGCGGUUGUGAGGUCUUGCUCACAGUCUCACGGUCCUUGCUGCAGUGCUCAGCUACCUGUGGUGAGAGCUAGGCAGACGUAGAACUCCCUCCGGCAGCCUGGGGAGGCUAGUAAACACCUGCACCUGGCACUUGUCCCUUCUGAGGCCACAAUCUGUUCUCCUCAUGCUCCCUCUUGUGUAUUGCAACCUCCUUCUCUCGUCUCUGUCCCUGCAGCAUGCGUCCCCCUUUCCCACAGCGCUGCCCGAGCCUUCCUGCUACUUGAAUCAUGGCACUGACUGCGUCUCCCCUCUCCUUUUGGAAACUGGGCUGUCCCCGGGAGCUGACGCGUGGUCGGGUGUUUCUCACGGAGGCGGAAGGGGCACGGGAAGACAAUACUUACCUGCAGAGAGCUGGGCCCAGUCCUGCUGCCACCUGGUUAGGAACUUCCAACUAUGCCCAACCUCUCACCCUCCCCACCUCUGUCCUCAUGCCAGGAACCAGCAGAGGGGCUGGUGAGCCUGUUCCGCAGAGGAAGUUAGAACAGGGGGAUGAGAAGAUGGCCCAGAGCCGAGAAUGGCUGUGCACCGACAGGCUGAGCAGGGAGUGUGACUCUCCCAUCCUGCUUGGGGAGCUGGGGGGCGGUGGGGGAUGCACUUUAAACAGUCAUCGGGGCAGGGGGAGUUAGUCUGGCCAGGUGCUGAUGGAGGGGCUAUCCCACCUGCCUGCUUACCUUCCCACAGGGCCUGUGGGGGCGGGGUCAUCUCUUCAUCUACAGAGGUCUCCAUAACUCCAGCCCUGCCUCUCCUCUUCCUCUGCUCUUCACCCUCCUUCCAAACCUCACCCCGACCCCUCCCUUUGCCGUUUCACCCACUUCUAAAACUGUGUCAAAUGUCACACUGGAACCGCCUCCCAAAUCAGUGGAAAGGCCAAGCCUCGUCCCUACUUCUGUGAAGUUCCCCCCCCCCGCCCCCAAUACUCCUGUUCUAAUGGCCAGACCCCAAUCUGGGUCUCAGCUGGUAUAGUCUUGUGGCCCUAGACCAGGGGUUCUCAAAACUGGGGGGUCACAAGGUUAUUACAUGGGGGGGUCAUGAGCUGUCAGCCUCCACCCCCCCAAACCUCGCUUUGUCUCCAGCAAAUAGUGUUUGUUUUUAAUUUAUAAGUGGGGGUCACAGUCAUUGGUUUGCUAUGAAAGGGGUCACCAAUACAAACCGCCCUAGACCAUAUGCUCUAAGGUGAGAGCCCUGUUAUCUGCUUGGCACCUGUCAAGAGACAUGUGGUAAAUCCAUUUAUCACAUAGCUCUGCAUGGAUCUCACUACCCUACCUGGAGGGUGUGUACAUCUAUUAUCUCAUCUAAGCAAACAAAACUGGGUUAACAUGGAGUUCGGGGUAUUUUUCUGAACUCCAUUCAUUGAUUAAAGAAAAAAAAAGAGAGAGAAUAUAGUCAAUUCUGACCUUAAGGUUCUUAAAUGUUAUGACAUAACCACUGCAUCUUUCAUAAAUGACAGUUCAAUAAACUCACUUGUAAUCAAAGUACAUGUAGAAUCAGGAUUCUCCUUUCCUAUUGGCAUAAAUCAGGAGAAGCCCCAGAUAAGUCACAGUGUAAAACUGGUGUAAGUAAAAAGAGAAUUUGGCCCAAGGUCUGUCUCUAUCAAUGGGUUCCCUUUUGAGGUGGCUGAAUGUUUACAGUAUUAAUCUAGUAGAACACAAAGAAAUGCUAUAAAACUUGUGCUGACUUUCAGGAAGGCGUCUGAUAGAUUGUAAGCUCUUUGGGUCGGGCUGAUAUUUACUGUGUUUGUACAGCUCCGAGCACCAUAAGACCCUCAGCUGUUUGAUCUUUAGGAGCUACUGCAAUAUAAAAGUUAAAUAAUAUUAAAUUUCACAUUUACAGCUGCGCCACAACUUUCACAAGAACUUAGCCUGGGGCCCAUCAGUAAGUGGGAUGAAUUUGGGAAGAAAAUAUUGAAUGUUUUUCAUAUACAUCCAUGAAAAUAAAGGCCUGAUCCAGCUUC